GGGCCCGCCCCCUGACGUCGAGCACUGGGGAGGCCAGAAGGUUUCUGGCGGCGUCGGCGCCAUUUUGCCGGGGCCUGCGACCGAGUGGGAGUGGAGUGGAGUGGCCGUUGUUGCUGACUCUUUCCUCCUCCCCACGGUCCAGUCAGCGGGUUGAUUAGGUCAUCGGCCCUCGAGCCGAGACUUGUCUCUUAUUUAGUUCUGGGGGAGCGCCUGGCCGACAUGAGUGACAUAGAGGAGAACAACUUCGAGGGCAGAGAGUCUCGCUCUCAGUCAAAAUCUCCAACGGGAACUCCUGCUCGUGUAAAAUCGGAGAGCAGGUCAGGAUCUCGUAGUCCAUCAAGAGUUUCCAAACACUCUGAAUCCCAUUCUCGAUCAAGAUCAAAAUCCAGGUCAAGGUCAAGGAGGCAUUCUCAUAGACGUUACACUCGAUCCAGAUCCCACUCUCACUCUCACAGGAGACGAUCUCGAAGUAGGUCAUAUACACCAGAAUACCGGCGACGAAGGAGCCGAAGUCAUUCUCCAAUGUCUAACCGGAGAAGACAUACAGGCAGCAGGGCAAAUCCAGAUCCCAACACUUGUCUUGGAGUGUUUGGCCUCAGUUUGUAUACAACAGAAAGAGAUCUUCGUGAAGUAUUUUCUCGAUAUGGACCAUUGAGUGGUGUCAAUGUAGUUUAUGAUCAGCGAACUGGGAGAUCUCGAGGAUUUGCUUUUGUGUAUUUUGAGAGAAUAGAUGAUUCCAAGGAGGCUAUGGAAAGAGCAAAUGGAAUGGAGCUGGAUGGUAGAAGAAUUCGUGUGGAUUAUUCUAUCACCAAGAGAGCACACACACCUACACCAGGCAUCUACAUGGGCAGACCAACUCAUAGUGGUGGCGGUGGUGGUGGUGGAGGUGGCGGCGGAGGUGGAGGAGGCGGCAGACGUCGAGAUUCCUACUAUGAUAGAGGAUAUGAUCGUGGGUAUGACAGAUAUGAAGACUAUGAUUACCGGUACAGAAGAAGAUCGCCCUCUCCUUAUUAUAGUCGUUACAGAUCACGAUCAAGAUCUCGUUCCUAUAGUCCAAGACGCUAUUGAUAAUGGAAUGGUUGCAGUUGAGAACGUUUUUUCUCUUUCUUUUUUUCUGUCUUUCUCUUUUUUUCUGUAAUUCUGGAUUUCCCCACGCUUCUGAUCCUUCCUACUCCUUAAAAAAAACUUUAAAAAACUCUGUGGUUUAUUCAGCAUCUACACUUUUGUCAAUUGUGUUGCUGUUUUCCACCCCUUUUAUUGUACUCUUAAAGAUGUAAUUGUUGUCAUUUGAGUAGUUAAACAUCUUGAGUAAAAAAGGAACCCCAGUGUUAAAAUGCUUUGUAAAUGAUUUUUCUUUGCUUUCACAGAAGAUAAACUCCUACCUAAUCCCAUGGAGAAAGAAAUGAUGUUUUAAAAGCUUCUUUUGUGUUAGAUAUUGUAUUAGAGAUCUGCAUUUAUGAUGAGCUCCCUUUUUUUUUUUUUUUUUUUUUAAUUUUCUUUGGGGAAAAUAUUAAUAGUAACACUUGCAGUAGUUCAGUCAUGUCAGGUUUGUCUGGGGUGUCAUGGAGCAGUCAAAUAGUUGAGUUUAGAAAGUUUGAAGCUAUAGAAGAAAACACUUGCCCAUUUCUUUGGAAGUACAGAAUUUUUGAACCUUAAAAAUUAAGUCAUUUUUAGAGUUGAAAAGCUCGCAGACUCCUACAAAACAUGUAUUUGAAAUACAUGUUAAACCUUAAAAACUUAAAGUGUGAUUUUUGUGUUAAACUUAUUGAAGUUUAAGUAUUCCCUUAAUCAGUGAAGGACAACCCUUAUUUAUUACCUAGAGCAAUUGUAUAAUUUGCUGUUAGAAAUUUUGGUAUUGGGACAAUGGUUAAGCAGGUUAUUGUAUAGUGUAGAGUCCUUAGAAGACACAUGUGGGGAAAUGUCAUCUUUCAAAUAAAAGUUAAUUUCUUUGAAAA